CGAUAUUAGAUUGAAAAACAAUAAUACUUAUGUGCAUAACGAAGCUCGAUGUUACACAAGUUUUAAGUUUAAAAACCGUAUUAUUUUAUCGAAAUGGAUUACAAUAUGUAUUAUGGAAUAAAAUCUAAUCGACUAUUACUAGUUUCCGAUAAGGCGGUUGACUUCAUAUCAGCCCUUAAAAAUACAUUGUCCGGUAUUUUUGUCGUUCGAUACAGCUACGAUACAUCAUCUUUAGAUGACAUUAUCUCAAAAGUCGAUGACAAGAUGCAGCACCGAAAAGUCAAGAGUAUCGCCAUUCUUCUUCACUCAGACGAUUCUCAAUUUUAUAUUUGUGCUAUAGACCAAAAGAUAUUGAACAAUGAAACCAUAUUAGAUGAUCCAGAAAUAAGUUACUUUUUUAAAUCUUUAUCAGAAUAUUGUCAACGUGGUUCAUCAAGACUAGAUUUUUUCAAUUGUUCUUUCGUGUCAAAUUGCGUUAAACAUCAAUUAUGUUCAGCUCUUCGACAAUUAACUGAAUGCGAAAUAGGUAUAUGGAAUGAUUUAAUGGGUGAAGAAUCUUACGGUGAAUUAUACUUUAACAUCACUGAUAUACGACCUACAAAAACAGCUUUAGAUGGAUAUCAAAAAAUAAGAACUGUAGGAAAAGGAGCUUUUGGAGUAGCCACAUUAUACCGAAACACACAUGAAAAUAUUUUGGUAGUUAUAAAACAAAUUAACAUGUUGGAUAUGACAGCUCAAGAAAGACAGCUAGCUUUGAACGAAGCCAGAGUGUUAUCAUUACUUUGUCACCCAAAUAUUAUUAGUUAUUACGGAAGCUUUGAACUGGAUGGUGUACUUAUGAUUGAAAUGGAAUAUGCUGAUGGAGGUACAUUAUCGGAGUAUUUAAUCAGCCGUGGUACAAAUUUAUUACCAGAAAAACAAAUUUUUGACAUUUUUUUACAGAUGUCUGAAGCAAUUCAAUGUAUUCAUCAACGUAACAUACUUCAUAGGGAUUUAAAAACGACAAAUGUUUUCUUGACAAAAGAUCGCAAGGUAAAGUUAGGUGACUUUGGGAUUUCUAAAAUUAUGACAACUAAUUUACAAGCUUUAACCGUUGUUGGAACUCCCUAUUAUAUUAGUCCAGAAAUGUGUGAAGGUAAACAGUAUAAUCAAAAGUCAGAUAUUUGGGCACUGGGUUGUAUUUUGUAUGAAAUGACAACCUUACAACGUACUUUUGAUGCCUCAAAUCUUCCAGCUUUAAUUCAUAUAAUUACAAAAGAAGACUUUACACCUAUACCGCCAUGCUACUCAUCUAACUUGAGAAAAUUAAUUAGCGAUUUAUUGCAAAAAGAUCCUCUUCGAAGACCAGAUGCUAAUAAUUUAGUGACAAUAGUUCCGAUUUUUUUACAGUCGGACAACGAAUCGUCUUGGGCAGUCAAUGACAAUGAAUUACAAUCGUUUAAAAGUGAUUUACAAUACCGGUCGGUUGUUUAUCAGUUUUCAAUGCCUAUAAGUAUACAACCGAUAAACUUGCCAUUUCGUGUAAAAAUUGUUCAACUUGUUGUCAGUCAAACGCAUUUCGUUGCGCUUACUAAUGACUGUUUAGUUUUUACAUGGGGUGAAGAUAAACAUGGUCAAUUAGGUCAUGGAGAAGAAAACACCUGGAAAAACGAUCCUCAGUGUGUCGCAUCGCUAUUAGACAAGCAUAUAACUCAAGUGGGUGCGGGACAAAAUUUUAGUAUUUUUAUAAGCAGCACAGGCUUAGUACUAACAACAGGCGAUGGAAAAUAUGGUGCUUUAGGUCAUGGAGAAUGGAACGGCAUUACUAGACCUAAACUAAUAGAGUUCUUGUUGAAAUUAGACAUAGUGAAAAUAUCUUGUGGCAAUCAUCACGUUGCUGCGUUAACAAACGAAGGACAAAUGUACACUUGGGGUAGAGGAAAUCACGGACAAUUAGGAGUUGGUAAUCUUCAAGAUUGCUGUUUUCCAAUCUUAGUAAAUUGGUCAUUUGACGAGAAAAUCACUGCAAUAAAAUGUGGCCCAGAUUGCACAGCUGUAAUAACAAACUACCACAAUGUAUACGCAUGUGGAUUAAAUAAAUGUAACAAACUUGGACUUAAUAGAGCAUCUUUAUUUAGUAUAAAGUUCAAAGAAGUGCCAUUUGAAAGUUUGUUGACCAGAGUAAAACUCUUAGAGGGCUUAAAAAUCGUUCAAAUGUGUCUUGGGGAGUGUCAUAGCGCAGCAAUAACUGCACAAGGUCAAGUCGUUAUUUGGGGAAGUAAUAUUUACUCACAACGUGGGAAACUGAAUGUAUCACAAAAUAAGCUAAAUCUAUUACGUUUACCCGGUAGCAGCAAAGCACAAAUUAUUGAUUGUGGACCUACGUACACUUUGAUAGGUACUGAUGAUAACACAAUUGUUUUUUGUGGUACCCGUUUUAGCGUGAGUCCUAAUGCAAUACCUCAAAUGACUUCUAUAUUCACAUCGGAAGUAAUUUCUAAGCCAAAAAUCAUUCUUGGGUUGUACGCGACUGAAGAGCAAAUCGAUAGGGGACAGCUACUUCUAUUAAAUUCGGUGCAGUCAGUAGGUCAUAAUCUAUUAGUUACGGUUGACACAUUUUUGAAGGUUUAUAGUCGAUAAUGACAUAUUUUUAUUGGCCUAUUUCGGCUAUAUUUACAUGAUUGGAAUACAUAAAACUAGAUUUAUAUAAGUAUAAAAAUCAAGUUAAAAGUUCAGGACGAUUUUAUAUACAUUUUAAUAUUGAUCUAAGGCACUUUGAAUUUUAUUGAAUCAUUAAAUUCAAUAUAAAGUUAAGUAUAACUUAUCUUAAUGUUGCGAAUGCGAUUAAGAACAUACAAACAUCUAAUAUUUUUUACAGGCAUUUUAUUUCAAUAUCCUAAUUAUUCAUAUUUCUACUUAAAAAGUUAUUUUUACUAUAAAACGGUAUGACAAUAAUUU